AUGGACUUGCAGCUUGAGUACAGUGACUCUAAACUGGACGUCUUCCAGAUUUUGGAAGCAGCACAUUCUACCGCUUUUUUUGACAAGUUCACCCCUUCAAAGCAGCCAGCUCCUACCGUCCUACCUGCCAAAGGUGCAUCCCCCAUUGCCAGAAGUGUUCUUUUAAUGAGCAGCAGGAUCCUGAGCAAGGGGAUAAGCAAUAUGAAGUAUCAAGCGGUAAUUCUCUUGAGUCUUCAACGUCAGCUCGAAGCUUACGAACUUGCCCAUGCUGCACAGAUUGCAGCUUAUUCCUCGGCUUGGACGCUCUUGAAGGAUAUCCUUGAGUCCCAGCAUCUCUUGCACCUAGUUGGCCGAGAUCCUGUGGCUGUCCUUCAGGGACUUCGGGAGGAUGCUAACUUUGAGCUCUCUCCUGACCACUUGAAGAUGUUGGCUGGCGCUCUCGGUUGGCCCUUACCUCUUGCUGCAGACUCCAGUGUUCAUUGA